AUGAGAAAAGAAUCCUUUUUAUUUUUUAUUUGCACAUUAAACUUGUUGAUAAAUUCCUUUUUUUGUUAUGGCGGAAAAGUAAAAAAGAAUAAGCACCUGAGGAAUUUACUAAAAACAUUGACGGAUAGGAUUGAGACAAACGACGGAGAAAACGAAUAUGCACGUUUAACACAAACACCUGUUAUAAAUAUGAAUUUAGAAAAAACAAUUUUUAAGACAUCCUUGCAAGACAUUCUUGUUGAGCCUUAUGCAGAAAAGAUUAAAGAAAUUAUAUCAAAAAAUAAUUAUGAAAUAAGUAAGGAGAAAGAAAACUUGGAUGAAAUAAGAUAUUAUAAUGAUAAUUUAGAUAAAAUAAACAAUAUAUUAAUAGAACGAGAAAAUGAAAAAAAAAAGAAAAAAAGAAAAAAUAUUCAACUAGAAAAUAAAUUACGAAAUAAAUAUUUUCAUUAUUUACAAGAUCAAGAUUAUGGAUUUAGUAUUUUCCCUGUGUAUAAAACUUUUGAAUCCAAUCCAUUACAUUUUGAUAAUAAUAUAAUUAGCUCAUUAUUACCACAUGAGUUACUAGAUAAGGGUAUUUUGUUAAAUAAACAAAUUUUAGAAAAUUCUGAAAAAAUUCUUCAUUAUCCUGAAAGGGGCGAUACACUAUACGAAAUAUAA